UUUCCCGGUGUGUUGUUGUAUACUGUGGCCUGUGGCCUUGGUCCGCGGAGAUGCUUCAAAGCCUUAGUAAGAAUGUCUGGGUCCCAAUGAAGCCCUACUAUACCCAGGCUUACCAGGAAAUUUGGGUAGGAAUGGGGCUAAUGACCCUCAUCCUUUAUAAAACCAGGAGUGCUGAUAAAAGAAGUAAAGCUUUGAAAGGCUCCAGCCCUGCACCUGCCCAUGGCCAUCAUUAACCGCUCCGUGCGUCCACUCAAGAUGAAGCGUGUCAACUAAGCUUAAGCAAACUGUGUUAGAUGGACAUGGCCUGUCGCUGUACACUUGUCUAAGUACCACUACAAUGUG